AUGGCCACCAUUCAGAUUUCGUCCCAGCCUGCUGAGGCCAACGCCGGCAAAACCCUGAACCCAGGCCUUACGCUUCAGCAGCAACUGGAGCCGGAGCCAAUUCUGUACUUUGCACACGCGGUGCUCUUGGACACUGCAGGAAACGAAGUCAGUGGCGUCCUCCAGGGAAACAAGAGCGCCACUGGCAUGUCAGCGGGAGGCGGCCUCCGCUACACGUUCGCUGAUCUGACUAUCACGACUCCUGGCCAAUACUAUAUUCUCGUGAAUAUCUUUCGUUCUGCCAAUGGUGCAACCUUACUUGGCAACGCCAAAUCGAACAUGAUCACUGUCGUUUAG